AUGAACAAGUCAUUGUUCUUGGGUAUUGUGCAUCGUCUCUCCGAAGAAUUUGAGUAUUUUAAACCAAGAGAAGAUGCAGCCGGACGGUCUAGUCUAUCUCCGCUCCAAAAAUGUACCGCAGCAAUUCGUCAAUUGGCGUAUGGUGGUGGGGCUGAUACCGUUGACGAAUAUGUCCGACUGGGUGAAACAACAGCUAGAAAAUGUUUGCACCAUUUUACCGCCGGAAUAAUCCACUUGUUUGGCGAUCAAUACCUAAGACGUCCAACACCGGAGGAUCUGGAAAGACUACUAUAUAUUGGAGAACAACGUGGAUUUCCAGGAAUGGUUGGAAGCAUCGACUGUAUGCAUUGGGAGUGGAAGAAUUGCCCAGCCGCUUGGAAAGGAAUGUAUUCACGAGGAACCGGAAAACCCACAAUUGUGUUGGAGGCGGUAGUUUUGUACGACCUCUGGAUAUGA